AUGGGGUGCGCGAGCUCCAAGGCCAGCGAGGACGUCGCGGUGGCCGACGUCUACCGCCCGCCGCCCACCAGCGUGUCCCUCUUCGACAUCAGCGCCGUCGAGGAGCCCUGGCUCAUCGCCAAGCAGAGCAAAGCCGCUGAUGAUGACGACGACGAGGAGGAGGAUGAAGAGACGACCGAUGACGACGAAGAGGACGACGACGAGAAGCAGCCCGCCGCCAAGACCGUGGUGCCGCUCCCGCUCCUCGACAAGCUCGAGGGAUACGAGCUCGCCCCGGCGUCGUGGUCCGAGGUCAGCAAGGUCCUGGAGGACAUGAAGCCCGUCCUCGACUCCAAGCCGCCGCCGCCUGCUCUCAAGAAGAAGAAAAAGAAGAAGACCAAGAAGAAGAAGAAGAAGCAAGAGCAACCAGAAGCUGCUCAACCGCAGCAGGAGCAGAAGCCGACGAUGACGGCGGCGCCCGUGGUGCCUGCUGCCACGGACGGCGACGCUGCUUGCAAGAAGGCGCCGCCGCCGUUGCCCGGCGACCUACCAGACAUCAGCAGCAGCAAGCCCGCGCCGCCGGAGCUCUCCGGGCGGCGCGUCGUGAAGGACAACCCGUUCCUGAUGCGCGACCGCGAGAGCAAGGGCGACGGCACCACCGCGGCGCCGCGGUGGAAGCGGCGGGACCCGUUCGAGGGAUGCCCCGAGCGGCGGCCCCCGGGCGCGACGGGCGGCGGCGUGGUGCUGUACACGACGACGCUCCGCGGCGUGCGUCGCACGUUCGAGGACUGCGAGCGCGCGCGGGAGGCGGUGGAGGCGUGCGCGGCGGCGGCGGGCGUGGCGGCCGUGGACGAGCGCGACGUGUCGCUGCACGGGGAGUACCUCCGCGAGCUGCGGGAGCUGGCUGGUGAGGGCGCGCCGCCGCCGCGGCUCUUCGUGAUGGGACGCUACGUGGGCGGCGCCGAGGAGUGCGAAAGGCUGGCCGAGUCAGGGAAGCUGCGGGAGAUGAUGCGGUGGGCCAAGGCCCGCGGCGAGGCGUGCGCGGCCAAGGACGGCCGCGGCUGCGAGGGCUGCGGCGGGGCCCGCUUCGUGCCGUGCUGGGAGUGCGGUGGUAGCUGCAAGGUGGUGGUGGCGGCGGCGGACGGAGGGACGGCGACCACCACGGAGAGGUGCGGCAAGUGCAACGAGAACGGGCUCAUGAUGUGCCCCAUCUGCCACUGA